CGCGGUCGCUUCUCGUCGGCCGAGUCGGUGUGCGCUCGCCGGACUCGGCCGACGGCGUUGCCAUUUGGCGCUUUUGCCUGGCAAUGGAGGCCGACAGCGGAGAGCUGGAGCUGACAGAGCUCAGGGAGGUGGAGAGAAGGGGGGGAUAGGAGGAGCGGGCAGCUGCCGCCGCUCUCCGGCGGAGGGGUUUAUUUCCACAACGAGGAAAAAGCUCGCUGAGCUGAACCGGAAAAUGUCCUCCGGUCGCCUGACAGCUCGAUUUGAAGCAUUAAGCCUGACACUGGUAGCGGUCUCGGCACCAUGUCCAGCCGAGGAGGAAAGAAGAAGUCGACCAAGACGUCCCGGUCAACCAAGGCCGGGGUCAUCUUCCCCGUGGGACGCAUGCUGCGCUACAUUAAGAGGGGCCUGCCCAAAUACCGCAUUGGAGUGGGAGCACCCGUCUACCUCGCUGCUGUCCUCGAGUAUCUUACUGCGGAGAUCUUGGAGUUGGCAGGCAAUGCAGCCAGAGACAACAAGAAGGGCCGCGUCACACCACGACACAUCCUGCUGGCCAUCGCCAACGAUGAGGAGUUGAACCAGUUGCUGAAAGGUGUGACUAUCGCAGCAGGUGGAGUGCUGCCCAACAUUCACCCAGAGCUGCUGGCUAAGAAGAGAGGAGCAAAAGGAAAACUGGAGACACCCGUUUCACCCGCCCCUGAGAAGAAACCCAAGCCGGUCAAAAAAUCAGCCAGCAAGAAAAUGAGUGGGAAAAAGGGAGGAGGGAAGGCUAAGAAGCAGGGUGAGGUGAGCAAGGCGGCGUCAGCAGACAGCACCACAGAGGGAUCUCCCGUUGACAGCUUCACCGUGCUGUCCACCAAGAGCCUCUUCCUGGGUCAGAAGUUGCAAGUUGUCCAAGCCGACAUUUCCAUCGUGGAGAGUGACGCUGUCAUUCACCCGACCAGCUCCUCCCUCUAUACAGGUGGUGAAGUAGGCUCUGCCCUGGAAAAGAAGGGAGGGAAGGAGUUCACUGAAGCGCUGCAGGAGCUGAAGAAGAAAAAUGGCCCUCUGGAGGUGGCUGGAGCCGUGUUGACCUCCGGCUACGGCCUGCCUGCUAAGUACGUCAUCCACUGUAACAGUCCGGGCUGGGGUUCCGACAAGUGCGAGGAGUUGCUGGACAAGACGGUGAAGAACUGCCUGGCUCUGGCCGACGAGAAGAAACUCAAGUCUGUGGCUUUCCCCUCCAUUGGUAGCGGAAGGAAUGGUUUCCCGAAGCAGACGGCGGCACAGCUGAUCCUCAAGGCCAUCUCCAGCUACUUUGUGGCCACCAUGUCUUCCACCAUCAAGACCGUCUACUUUGUGCUGUUCGACAGUGAGAGCAUCGGGAUCUAUGUGCAGGAAAUGGCCAAGCUGGAGACAAGCUAAGAGUUUGGAGGAUUUGCCUCCUUGUCCCUUUUUCUCCACUCUGUUUUUUUCUUUCCUGCGAGGAAAUAGGAAGGUGUUUAUUAGUGAUUUGUUAAAUAUGAAGAGAAGAAGAAAAAGAAGAUUCUUUCUAUAGGCCGGGAACUUGUUUUUGCAUUAUGUUUGUAUUUUUUCCUUUUUAUUGUUUUUAAUUUCCUAUUUACUUGUUCACCUCUGGUGUUUAAAUGUAAAAGUGCACUGUUCAUUCUGCGGUCUUUUAAUACAAACGGUGCCAGACAAAACAGAUUAAGCAAGUGAAAGACUCACUUUAAGAUUUAAUUUUCAUGGUAUAUACGGUAAAAGAUGUUAUGAGAGAUACACCUCAAUUACCAGGCUUCCAGAGAAGUCCGAUGAAUACGGGUUAAUGCAUGUAAUGGCAGUAAAGAUAGUAAAAACAGCCAUUCUCUUUAUUUUGAUCUCAAAAACACAAGACACUUAAUUCAGUGUAUUUUUUGGUAUCAAUUCUGCGUUUUGGAACAUCUCUGUUCUUAAUAGUACUGUAUAAUGAAAUGGAAAGUAUUGAGAAAAAGUUCAGUUUGCUCUACUUUGGUCUUCAGGAGACUAAAAGAACUAUGGAAGGAGUUUUUGUUUUUGUGUUGUGUGUUGCAAAUUCCUGUGUUUGCCUUUGUUUAAACAGGCAGGUUUCCUUGUGUGCUGCAGAGACCUUGAAUUUCCAAAAAAGAAACGAAAUCAGUUGAAGAAAAAUUGUCAUGUUAAUGCCCAUAUAUUAUAUACUCAUCCUGUUACUAAUGUCACAGGUUUAUACUGUAAACAAAACAGCUGUCGUUUGUCAUUUACAGUAAAAAAAAUAAAUAAAUGAUUACAUAAAAUGGUAGAAUUGGAGAUUUGAGGUUUUUGCAGGGCACGAAUGGUUUAUAUUGUGUGUUCCUAUGACUGUUUAUAUAGAUGGAGUAUUUGUGAAAUGUUAUAGUAAAAUAUUGGACUGUAACACAGAUUUUUAUUUUCUAUUUUAAUUUUCACAUUGAUUCUAAAAGGUGCAGGUGAUCUGGAAGCAAAAAAAAAUAUUGUAAGAGAUUGUUUUUUUUUUGUGUGUUUUGUCUUUGUUAAACCAUAAAACAAGUGUACGCAUUUUUUGCUGGAAGUAGAGGCUCUCUGCUGUUGCUUUUGGUUUGCUCUUUCAUUCAGCCGCCACUAGAUGGCUCCCUGUAAUCAAGAAUUGGAUUUUCAUCUCAGCCAUUUUCUGUGCAGCAGCAGGCCUCUUCACACAGACGCUGAUCGAUUUGAGUUGGAUUUGAAUUGGGAUUGACGGACGUAUAUAUAAAGGAACCCGACUGCUCUGCUGCAUUUGGACUUUUCAAAAGCCUAACUUUCUUAUGAAAAAAAAAAAAUGUUAAAUGCUUUCUAAAGAAUUGCUACAAUUGAUGAUUCUACAAAAGGUCUGUACACACUCCGGUAAUAAAAUACCUUUAAAAACA